AUAUGCAAGAAGAAUUCUAUUGGUCCGCUGAUUCGCUAAAAAUGUGCAUGCGCAAUGAGACUCUUCUGGAACACUAGCGCCUCCAAAUCAACGGUUUAAUAACAAUACAGGUUAUGUUACUCUCGAUCUUGUUGGUAUUGUAAAGAUGUAUUGUUUUCCGGACAAAGCAUGUUUAUAAUUCAAAUGAGACAAUAACCUCAAACGCGUAGCGUCUACUUCAAAGCUUUGUGUUAAAAAAUAUGGCAAAUAUAAUCGAUUCUCUUAAAAAACUUAGCGUAGAGAACGGUACAGCGAAACAGAAUAACAACAUGUCUGCGAAGAAGAAAAAUGAAUUAGUGUUAUCGGUUGAAGAGUCGGUGUUUCGAAAAAGUUAUGUUUUAGCAGUUUGUGGAACUCAAAGUGAACCAGAAUUCAGAAUUGGCACAGCUUCGUCCAAUCAUUUGUGCAUCAUCUAUUCAGCUGGAGAAACUUUAAGUAGGACUGCUACUUUAACUCAUAAUAAAGCUACUAUUGUUGGAAUCAAAUUUAGUCCUACCUCCAAGAAUAUUAUAUAUACGGCAACUAAUAAAGGUAUAAUUACUGCAUGGGAUUUACGUGCUAAAGGAAAAGCAGUUGCAGAAUUUAAAGAUAAUUCUGAAGAUGGAAAAUUAAAACCGUUAGCUAGUUUUGAUAUAAGUUGCGAUGAAAGACUUAUUGCUGGUGGAACCGAACACAUUGGUGGAGAUACAUUUAUUUUGUUUUGGGAUAUCAGGCAUAGUAAUUCAAAAGUAGAAUAUAAGGGGGAUAAUCUUCUUGGAGGUUAUUGGCAGUCGCAUAUGGAUGAUGUGACUCGCUUAUCAUUUCAUCCCAACAAGCGAGAUAUUUUGGCAUCUGGUAGUGUAGAUGGUCUUAUCAAUAUCUUUGAUCUAACGCAGCCUACAGAAGACAUGGCACUAAGAUAUUCGUUAAAUACCGAAUCCUCGGUGGAUGGGUUAGGCUGGAUGAACAAUGACAAUCUAUGGUGUACAACAUUCACAUCGUCGUUGCAAUUUUGGAAUGCUGAAGGAGUAACUCCAUAUACAAGGUUCAAACGUAGCAGUUUAGCAAUAGCACACGGUGAUGACCCAGAUAAUUGCUACAUAGUUAAGUUUCAUCCUUCAAAUGCGCUUGGACAACCAUUUUUGUUAGCAGGGUCAGAUAAUGUUAAAGGUAAAAAUUUAAGAUGCCUAAGUAUCGCAAACAAUCAGUUAGAAAUCUGUUAUAAUCUUGUUGGAAAUAAGCAGUAUGUAAGAGAUAGUUGGUUACAUGAAAAGAGUAACUCUUUAGUAACUGUCGGAGAAGGUGGUAUAAUAAAUAUUUGGAGACAGUCAGAAUCUAAUGGCGUUCAACAAAAUGCAGGCCAGAAAUUAUUAACAAAGAUGGGUAGUGGAAAAAGCCGGGAACGUCAACAUAGGGCCAAACCAUACUAAGCGUUAAUGAUAAUAGGAUAAAGAUCUAUAAAUGGACACUAUUUUGUAAGUAAAUAUAAUAAACACAAAAAGAGCAGUCGCUUGAUAUAAAUUCGGACGUAAUGUAUAUUUCUUUCACGUUCUUUAUUACAAUAACAGUUGUAUGUACAUUUAUAAUAAAUAGGUUCUUAUUUUUUUAUACGGCUAAAUAUUCAACGGUGAUUUAUAUAACGAUCAAAAAAUUCAGCACGUUUGUGUAAAUGUUAAGGAAUGUAAAUUGCGUACCACACUGUGUAUAUAUAUAUAUGGAAUUAAAGAAGGAAGAAAAGAACUAUUGUUAAUUCUUUUCUGCUCUUGUCAGUUUAAAAUAUUAACUUAUAACAAAACACGUUUUGUCUUUCACAUAUUCGAUUGAAUAAAAUCAAUUGAAUUGAAUUUUAAUCGAACCUCUGUACUCGAAAAUAUAUAUUGAACUGCGAAAGAAAGACGCAGCUUAGAUAUUCUACUGGUAGCAGAAAAAAUCGUAAAUGCAGCUAUUACAUGCUUCAAAGAUAGAGAAUGAAAGUGAGAAUAGCGAGUGAGAGAGAGAGAGAGAGA